AUGUCACGAAAUUCUUCGGAAACCAUUCCGACAGGCAUCAAAGAUGUGACUAAAAUCGAAGAAGUUGAGCUUGAGGAAAAGGAUGUGCAGGAUAGCUCCGGAGACUCAUACGCCCCAACUGAUGGAGGCUGGGAUGCUUGGGGUACUGUUUUUGGAACGACGUUGGUGUCGUUUGGAACAUUUGGAUUUGUCAAUGCCUUUGGGGCAUUUUCCGACUAUUACAACGAACAAUAUCUGACGAGUUACUCAGCGACACUUAUUUCCAUGAUUGGUGCUGUGCAAGUAUUCAUUCUAUAUCUUUGUGAGUGUCUUCGAACUGCAGGAGCUGUAUUUGAUUCUAUUGGACCACGAUAUCUUGUCCCUGCCAGCGGAGUAGUCGUGGUCUUUUCGCUAUUCAUGCUCAGCCUCACGAAACCCGGGCACAUAUACCAGCAAUUUUUAUCACAAUCGGUGCUCUUUAGUCUUGGAGCGACUUUCAGUUUCUUUCCUUCAAUGGGUCUUAUGGCCCACUGGUUCAAGUCGAAGAUACCUUAUGCGAUAGGAUGUCUUGCAUCUGGUGCAAGUGUGGGCGGAAUUGUAAUUCCUAUCAUGAUAUCGAAGUUAAUUCCACGAAUAGGUUUUGGCUGGACAAUUCGAAUUUUAGCGUUCAUAACCCUCGCCUGUUUCGCUGUCGGAACAAUGACCAUCAAGCAGCGUAGGCCGUCCAAGCCAUUUCCCAAAUCGGUAUCGGCGUUAUUUGACUUUACUGCCUUCAAAGAUCCAUGCUACCUGUUCCUCGUAUUAGGAUGCUGGUUCACGGUGUUUGCAGUCUUCAAUCCAUUCUUUUAUGUCGACUUAAGUGCCGAAGUCGCGAAUCCAAGCUCCAACGUCAACGGGUAUUAUCUUUCCAUCCUUUGCGCAGCAUCGAUAUUCGGAAGAGUAAGUCCCGGCCUAAUCGCAGGAAAAGUAGGAAGGUUCAACAUAUUAUACAUCUCGACUUUGAUAUCUUCAAUAUUAAUCUUAGCGCUAUGGUACACUUCGUUCGCGCAGGAAAACCUAAUUGCGUUUGCAGCAUUAUACGGGAUGUUCUGUGGACCGUUCUUCUCGGUUACGCCUUCUUGUGUUGCCGAAAUAUCACCUAUUGAGCGUGUCGGGGCAAGAAUUGGAGGAACAUAUGCUUUUAUGGCAUCAGCCACGCUUGCUGGGACGCCGAUAUCGGGCUUGUUCAUCAAAGAGCAGACAAGGGAUAAUUUUGACAAGUUGAUACUAUUUUCGGGUAUCAUGUCGUUGGUGGGGACAGCCCUGCUUCUGGUCUCGCGCCUCAUACGGAAUAGGAAUCUCUUCGCAGUGGCAUAA